AUGACUCACCUGCAGGCUGGCCUCUCUCCGGAGACCCUGGAGAAGGCCAAGGCGGAGCUGAAGGAGAACCCGGAGACUUUGCACCAGGACAUCCAGGAGGUCCGGGACAUGAUCAUCACCCGACCGGACAUCGGCUUCCUCAGGACAGACGACGCGUUCAUCCUCAGGUUCCUGCGGGCGCGGAAGUUCAACCACUUCGAGGCGUUCCGGCUGCUGGCUCAGUAUUUCGAGUACCGGCAGCAGAACCUGGACAUGUUCAAGAACCUGAAAGCCACGGACCCGGGCAUCAAGCAGGCCCUGAAGGACGGGUUCCCCGGGGUGCUGUCCAACCUGGACAGAUACGGCAGGAAAAUAAUGGUCCUGUUCGCAGCCAACUGGGACCAGAGCAGAUACACGUUUGUUGACAUCCUGAGGGCGAUCCUGCUCUCGCUGGAAUCCAUGAUCGAGGAUCCAGAGCUGCAGGUCAACGGCUUCAUCCUCACCAUCGACUGGAGUAACUUCACCUUCAAGCAGGCGUCCAAGCUGACUCCCAGCAUGUUGCGUCUGGCCAUCGAGGGGCUGCAGGACAGUUUUCCUGCCCGCUUUGGAGGAAUCCACUUUGUGAACCAGCCGUGGUACAUCCACGCUCUGUACACGGUCAUCAGACCCUUCCUCAAAGACAAGACCAGGAAGAGGAUCUUCAUGCACGGCAACAACCUGAACAGCCUCCAUCUUCUGAUCCACCCUGAGAUCCUUCCGUCGGAGCUCGGCGGUAUGAUGCCGCCGUACGAUAUGGGCACGUGGGCUCGAGCGCUGCUGGACCACGCCUACGACGAGGAGACGGACUACUGUCCGGAGUCCUACACCCUGUCGGUGCAAGACCUGGAGAGAGACCUGGAGAAGGACCUGUCCCCGAAAACCAUGAAGAGGUCUCAGUCGGUGGUGGAGCCCGGCGUCCUGAAACGACCGGACAAGGUCAAGAGUGGAGAGGACAACAUGCAGCCGCUGCUCUCGCUGGACUAA